CACCUCCUCUUCCGCGCGCCCCGCGGAGCGGGAGCCCGAGCCCAGCCCAACCCGGCGCGAGCCGUGCGGAGCCCGCGGUGGGCGGCCUGGCGCGGCCCCUGGCCCGACCCGAGUGAGCGCCGCUGCACCCCAGCCCGUUCGGCAAGAUGUCGGUGAGGGAGGGCGCGCAGCGCAAGUGGGCGGCGCUGAAAGAGAAGCUGGGGGCGCAGGACUCGGACCCCACGGAGGCCAACCUGGAGAGCGCCGACCCCGAGCUGUGCAUCCGGCUGCUGCAGAUGCCGUCCGUGGUCAACUACUCGGGGCUGCGCAAGCGUCUGGAGAGCAGCGACGGCGGCUGGAUGGUGCAGUUCCUGGAGCAGAGCGGCCUGGACCUGCUGCUCGAGGCCCUGGCGCGCCUGUCCGGCCGCGGGGUGGCCCGCAUCGCCGACGCCCUCCUGCAGCUCACCUGCAUCAGCUGCGUGCGCGCCGUCCUGAACUCGCAGCGGGGCAUCGAGUACAUCCUCAGCAACCAGGCCUACGUGCGCCAGCUCUCCCUGGCUCUGGACACAUCCAACGUGAUGGUCAAGAAGCAGGUGUUUGAGCUGCUGGCUGCCUUGUGCAUCUACUCGCCCGAAGGCCACAUGCUGACCCUGGACGCCCUGGACCACUACAAGACCGUGUGCAGCCAACAGUACCGCUUCAGCGUCAUCAUGAAUGAGCUCUCGGACAGCGACAACGUGCCCUAUGUCGUCACCCUGCUCAGUGUGAUCAAUGCCAUCAUCCUGGGCCCCGAGGACCUCCGCACCCGCACCCAGCUGCGCGGGGAGUUCACCGGGCUGCAGCUGCUGGACAUUCUGACACGUCUGCGGGAUCUGGAGGACGCCGACCUGCUGAUCCAGUUGGAGGCCUUCGAGGAGGCUAAGGCCGAGGAUGCGGAGGAGCUUCUGCGCAUCUGCGGUGGCGUCGACAUGAACAACCAUCAGGAAGUCUUCACUUCUGUGUUCCACAAGGUGAGCUGCUCCCCGGCGUCUGCCCAGCUGCUGUCCGUGCUGCAGGGCCUGCUGUACCUGGAGCCCACCCUGCCCUCCAGCCAGCUGCUCUGGGAGGCUCUGGAGAACCUGGUGAACCGGGCCGUGCUCCUGGCCAGUGACGUCCAGGAAUGCACCCUGGAGGAGAUGAUGGAGCGGCUUCUGUCCAUCAAGGGGCGGCCACGCCCCAGCACCCUGACCAAGGCCCACAAGAGUGUCCAGGCUGACCUAGGCCAGGGUCGGAGGGGCAGCGUGCCCCAAAACAGCGGCGCCCCCAAGGCGGGGGUGGGGGGCCCGAGGCCCGAGGCGGACGUCAGCAGCCUGCACGCUGUCGAGGACCUGGUUGCUCCACAGCUGAAGGCCCCAGCCCCCCCACCUGCACCUCCACUCCCUGGUCCCACCACGGGGCCCCCGCCCCCCCCACCUCCUCCCCCCCCCCCCCCCCCGGGGGCCCCCCCCCCCCCCCCCCCCCCACCCCCCCCCCUGCCUGUCUCUGGCGGGGCCUUACCUCCUCCACCUCCACCGCUCCCGGGCACGGGGUGCCCGCCCCCACCCCCGCCGCCUGGCCUGGACGGGGGCCCCCCUCCACCCCCACCCCUGCCGGGUACCUCUGGCCCCUCUGCGGAGGGUGGCGUGGAGGAGGUCAUCGUGGCCCACGUGGGCCCCAGCCUGGGCUCCUCCGCCUGGGUCCCAAGCCACCGGUGCGUGCACGCUCCCACUGUGCGCAUGAAGAAACUCAACUGGCAGAAGCUGCCGUCCAAUGUGGCCCAAGAGCACAGUUCCAUGUGGGCCUCGCUGAGCAGCCUGGGGGCCGAGGUCGUGGAGCCGGACUUCUCCAGCAUCGAGCGGCUCUUCUGCUUCCCCGAGGCCAAGCCCAAGGAGCAAGUGGCAGCCCCGGCCAGGAAGGAGCCCAAGGAGAUCACUUUCCUGGACUCCAAGAAGAGCCUGAACCUCAACAUCUUCCUGAAGCAGUUUCGAUGCUCCAACGAGGACGUCACUGCGAUGAUCCGGGCUGGGGACACCACGAAAUUUGACGUGGAGGUCCUCAAGCAACUCCUCAAGCUCCUCCCUGAGAAGCACGAGGUUGAAAACCUGCGCGCAUUCUCGGAGGAUCGGACCAAGCUGGCCAACGCCGACCAGUUCUACCUCCUCCUGCUGGGCAUUCCCUGCUACCAGCUGCGGGUGGAGUGCAUGUUGCUGUGUGAGGGCACGGCCGUCGUGCUGGACGUGGUGCAGCCCAAGGCCCAGCUGGUGCUGGCCGCCUGCGACAGCCUGCUCACCAGCCACCAGCUGCCCGUCUUCUGCCAGCUGAUCCUGAAGAUAGGAAACUUCCUCAACUAUGGCAGCCACACGGGGGACGCCGACGGCUUCAAGAUCAGCACGCUGCUGAAGCUCACGGAGACCAAGUCCCAGCAGAGCCGCGUGACGCUGCUGCACCACGUGCUGGAGGAGGUGGAGAAAAACCACCCAGACCUCCUGCAGCUUCCGAGGGACCUGGAGCGGCCCUCCCAGGCAGCAGGGAUCAACCUUGAGCUCAUCCGCUCGGAGUCCAGCACCAACCUGAAGAAGCUUCUGGAAAUGGAGAGGAAGGUGUCCUCCUGCAUCCCUGAGGUGCAGGAGCAGUACGCCCAGCGCCUCCAGGCCAGCAUCGAGGCCUCCCGGGCGCUGGACGAGGUGUUCCAGGCCAUCGAGCAGAAGAAGCUGCAGCUGGCCAGCUACCUGUGUGAGGACGCUCAGCAGCUCUCCCUGGAAGACACGUUCAGCACCAUGAAGACCUUCCGGAACCUCUUCCUCCGCGCCCUGAAGGACAACAAGGACCGGAAGGAGCAGGCGGCCAAGGCGGAGAGGAGGAAGCAGCAGCUGGCCGAGGAGGAGGCGUGCAGGCCGCGGGGCGAGGAUGGGAAGCCCGUCAGGAGGGGAGUCGGGAAGCAGGAGGACGUGUGUGUCAUCGAUGCCCUGCUGGCCGACAUCAGGAAGGGUUUCCAGCUGCGCAAGACGGCCCGUGGCCGAGGGGACGCGGAGGGGGGCAGCAAGGCGGCUGCCGGAGACCCCCUGAGGGACAAGGCGCCUGUGGCCACCAGAGACCCUGCAGGAGACACCAGCCACCCCACCUCUGAGCCCCACGGCAGGGACCGCAUGGAUGCCACGGCCCCCGGCCCGCAGCCCACUGCUGACCCAUCGGAGGAGGAGGGGCCCGGGCCCCUGGAGAGGCGUUCUUCCUGUUACACCGACGCCAGCGAUUUCCUGGCCGCAGAGGACCCCCAGGCCCCCCAGCCCUCUGCGGGGGCCUGGCCGGUGGUGCUGGGAGGGGCUCAGGCCCUAAAGCCUCUCAGGCUCUCUGGUGACAAGCCCCCUGGGGCCACGGGGUCGAGCCAAGAUGCUGAAGACCCCGCAGGCCCUCGGGACGCCUGCCUGGCCGAGGCUGACAGCACCGUCCGCAGGCCGGAGGCUACAGGCACGCGUGGCCACGGUGCCACAGGCCCCGGCGUGGCUGGGGACGGGGACGGGGACGGGGACCAGGAGGACAUAGCUCCGGAUUCUGCACUGGACACGUCCUUGGACAGAUCCUUCUCGGAGGACGCAGCGAUGGAUUCCUCAGGGUCUGGCACCCUCCCCAGGACCCGGGAGCGAGCCUCGAAGGGGACGGGCAAGCGAAGGAAGAAGCGCCCCUCGAGGAACCAGGAAGGCCUCGGCCGUAAGCCCAAAGCCAAGUGAGCGUGCCCGCUGCCGGCCUCCACACAGCCGUGGGCCGCCGGACGUGCGGUUGAGCGGGGCUCCUCCGGGGCCAGGCUGGGACUGGGCCCCUGGGAAACCAAAACUCUGUGCCUUACCCUCCGGGGCCGUGGGCCUCCUGGAGCUUCCUGGGGCUGUUCUGGCCGAGACCCCAGCAGGCACCAGAGCCCAGCCCCCUGCACACCCCAGCUCCCUCGUGGUCUGCUUGCCGAAUGCCGAUGCCCACGCCGGCGCCCGCAUGCUCCCCAGCACCCGCCCGCAGGGGUGAGGGGCAGUGGCUGUGUCCCCAGGGCACCUUGAAGCUUGCGCCCUGCCCUCUGGCCACCUGGUGCCCAGAUGCUUCUGGAGACAGGCCCUGGCGGACCUCUCCCUGCAGAGCCGUGGGAGCCCCUGCCCCCGCCCGCUGCCUCCUUACCAAGCCUCAGUCCCCCGCUCCCCGCUCUGCCCCCCAACCUGCUUCGCCAGGCCGGAGCAGAGAGUGUUUUUUCACUGAAAUAGGGUUGUUCAUGCAUUCCUGCUGUCCUGCGGUAGCUGAGUUGGGUACAGGUGGGUGGGAGGACCCUGGGGCCUCGGGUAGGGGCAGGCUGGCCAGCAUUGCCACAGAUAUGCCAUGGUGCCCCUACUCGGCAGACAGGAUCCACACCGGGCACACCCAGCCCUGGGGGCGGGAGGGCAUCUGUUCUCGCCGCCCCCGCCAAGCCCUCGCCACCCUGUCGACAGAGUGACCCAGCCUGCAGCCGCCGCUGCCUCCGGCGGGGUCAGGCACGCCCCCGCCGGCCGAGAGGAGACCAGGGCCCACCCCGGGAGGGCCAGCCUGCCCGCGCCCCCACACCCGCCCCAGGUGUGCCCUGCCACCCAGGCUGGCAUCUGGAGAGCCUCAGACCAAUAAACAAUAAAGAGCAGAGCCAGCCCA